AUGGUAGAUAUCAAUGGUAGAGGAAGUUGCAGGAGAACACCGGUGAUGCUGGCUGCAGAGAAAGGACAUAUAGAAAUUGUUAAGCUACUUGUGGAUAAAGGUGGUGACAUGUCACUCGUGGAUAAAGGACAUGACAACAUCCUUCACUUGGCCUGUUUAUGUGGACAGAUAGAGGUUGUGAAGUAUGUCCUCUCACAGGACAUAGUUGACAUCAACAGCAGAGGGCGGAAGAGGAAGACACCUGUUAUGCUGGCAGCAACAAACGGACACAAACAAGUGAACACAGUGGAAAUCAACAGCAGAGGAUAUAAGAAGCGAACACCGAUGAUGUGGGCAGCACUAAAGGGACAUAAAGAAGUAUUGGAGUUACUCGUAAAUAAUAGAGCUGAUGCGUCACUCGUGGAUAAAAGCGGUAACAACAUCCUUCACUUAGCCUGUCAGAGGGGACGGAUGGAGGUGGUGAAGUAUAUCGUCUCCAAAGUUAUUGUGGACGUCAACGCCAAGAACAAGAAACGUGAAACAGCAGCCAACAUAGCAUCAUCACAGGGACGAGGAGACAUGAAGGAUCUUCUUGUGUCACAUGGUGCUUACAUGUCCUAG